GGUAAUCCUUUGCCCCGGCAAGAACAAAUAGGCAAUGUACAGGUGUCGCAAUGUUCCACGGUCGUGGGUUCGAACCGGAGUAUGAGUGCAGUAAAACAUCGCGUGCCCGCUUUAAAGUCCCGUGUAUGAGUAGCCUCCUUUUCCUUCAAACGUUUUCUGGCAUUAUCUUCCGCUCCCUGGGUGUGGGGAGUUUCUAAGGGAGGUACUAUCUGAAUGUGAGAGAAAUGAGCAAGGGUAGGUGAAUUGGGGACGCGGAAGGGUUAUAUUUUAAGAAUAAGUUUUUUCUGGCGUGAAAGGGUUGGACUUGGACAGAUCUGGAAACUUUGGAGACUUCCUUGGGCAGUAUUUGAGGUCGGCUGCAUCUUCGCUUUCAAAAUAAAAGAUCGGAGACUUUGGAGACUCACUCAGGCAAUAUUUGAGGUCGGCUGCAACUUCGCUUUCAAAAUAAAAGAUUCAGUGUUGAUCAAAAACUUAUUGGUAAGAUGGCUAAUCUUCCAAUAAUAGAAGAUGCUUCUAGCAUUGAAAUCAAAGCACACUCAAAUUUAAAAUUUACAAGUUUUCAACAUGGAAAUAAUAAUUGGCAUGAGAUUGGCUCAAUUAGCCUUUCACAUGAUGUGCCAACAAAGGUAGUGGAGGAAAUUGAUGAAAGUGAGAAAGUGGCAGAGGCUGGUGAUGAUGGUGGAAGACAAUCGUUCAAUAGCAAAACAAGGCUUGAAAUUAAUGGGAAUAUGGUUGAGAUGGGAUUGAUGCCAAAUGAUGCACUUGUUUAUUCUUUCCCACAUGGAGAUUCUACAUGCGCUGUAACUUCACUUGUAACACCAUUGUCUUCUGAUAUCAUUGAACUACCCUUGUCAAAGCACCCUUCAGUGGCACCGGAAGGAGGAGACAUGGAUAGAAACCAACAACCUCAACACUCACAAAAGCAAGUAAAAUGCUCACGAAUCAUGGAAUAUAUAUUGAUCCUUUCUUAUCUAGCAGUGUUUGGGAUUCUUGGGGUAUUCAUAAGGUAUGCAUUACAAAUAUUACUUGGACCAAAUAUAGCCAAUGUAACAAAUGAUCAUAGUGCUCUAUAUAUUGAUCUUCCUUCAAAUAUGGUUGGAAGCUUUUUCAUGGGAUGGGUUGGAGUUGUGUUCAAAAAUAAUAUCAAUGUUUUCUCUGAAGCAUUGGCCAUCGGACUAUCAUCAGGAUUGAUGGGAAGCAUUACUACUUUCACAUCUUGGACUCAAGUAACACUAAACUUAACAACUGAAGGACAUUGGGUGACUGGAAUUAUUGGUCUUCUUUUAGGAAUGGAGCUCUCCCAAAUGUCACUUAUAUUAGGGAUUGAAUUUGCAAAGUUAAUUGAAUAUAUUCAUAAUAAAGUCAAGAAGCAACGGUUAGUCUUGACAUGGAUCCCAUCUUAUGAAUACAAUCAAUUUCAAUUAUAUGGCUUUAUCAUGCUCAUGUUUAUCAUUGGAAUAUUAUGGGGAGGAAGCCUUGUUUUAGUAGUGUUUGAGUUUACAUCCCACCAUAAGACAAAAUUAUGGAUAGCCAGUAUGGUUGGACCAUUUGGAGUGUGGAUGAGAUGGUUUAUGGCACGUCUGAAUGGCCAAGGAAUUGGAGCACAAAAGUACUUAAAAUGGAUCCCAAUGGGAACAUUACUUACAAAUAUCAUGGCAAGCAUUAUGAUGGCUGCUUUAUCAACAAUUCAUUUAGUGGUUAAGGAUCAUACUAAAAGAAUUGUGAUAGAAGGCCUUCAACUUGGCUUUUUAGGGUGCCUAAGUACUGUGUCCACAUUUGUAGUAGAAGUUCGAGCCAUGCAUCAAAGUAGUCAUCCUUGGAGGGCUUAUGUGUAUAUAUUAUUAUCUUUACUUCCUGCAUUUAUAUUUGGAACUUUGAUAUACUCAAUACCAAUAUGGAUUGGAGUAUAUUCUUAAACAUAAAAUAUGUAAUUAAAUGUUUUUAAAAAAUC